CUCUGGAAAAUCCCCCAGAAAAAAAAGAAAAAAAAAAAAGUUUUAUUUGACACAAGGCUUCGCACUUCACCCAGCAGGAGAGUCCAGUGCUCCCACACCGGCAGGACACAGCCUUCACCCAUCCCCAGGAAGGCUGAGGUGUAAAGGUACUGAGGAAAUCACAUUUUUCUUUGAAUGGUUGCAAUGAGUUUGGCUUGAGCUUGGAUGGACCUCGAAGACGACCACGAUUUGAGAAUCAGAUGGAGAGAGCCCCCCAAAAACGCGUCCCUGGGUUCCAGCCUGGAGAUGAAGCCAGGGGCACGCGUUGCCUGCCGGGUCACCAUGGCAGUGGCGUUCCUGGUUCUGCUCGUCACCGCCAUCGCUUUCGCAGUGAACGCUUUCCAACCUCGCCCCCAGCCCUGUGCUCGGUGUCCGUUCGACUGGAUCGGGUAUAGAGGAAAAUGCUACUAUUUUUCGGAGGCUGAGAGGAACUGGACGUCCAGCCAGGACAACUGCUCAGCUCUCGGUGCUUCCCUGGCCAUGUUCGACAGCGUGGAAGACUUGAGUUUUACAAUGAGGUAUAAAGGCAUCUCGGAGCAUUGGGUUGGCCUUUCACGGGACGGGGAGGAGCAACCAUGGAAAUGGGUGAACCACUCACGGCCGUCCCCCCUGUUUCAGGUCCAAGGAGGUGGCUUCUGUGCCUACCUGGGCGACACCGGGCUCCACUCCUCCCAGUGCAGCACAGAGAGAAACUGGGUUUGCACCAAGCCCGCGCUGAACAGCCCAGAAAAAGGCAACAAAACAAGACGAGCUCGAAAUCUUUGCAUCAGUUCCUAAAUACCCAAAGCAAACAGGGGAAACGAAAAAGGGGAAGCUCAGAAACUUUGAAAGAAGCUCAGGAGGGGAAUUUAGCUGGAAAUGCUGAAUAGGAACUGAAGUUACUACUUGAAGUGCAACCCAACAGCUGAUAAUUUCUCACGGCAGCAGGGUCAUACGUGGCAAUGACUCAUUCACGACUCAUUUCACAAUAAAAUGAAAUAUCAGAGCACCACAGAAGUCAUAAAGCUGCCAAUCAAACCAUGCCUGAGCAUGCAGAGGAUUCACCCUAAGGAGACAUCAAGAUGCAGCUUCUAUGGGGGGAAAAAAAAAAGGUCAAAUGGCAUGGGAUUCGAGUUUUUCCCAAUUUUUGGCAAGUUAAAUCAGCAGUUUUCAAGCUUGCUCGGCUGGGAAAAGCUUUCCAGUUCCUUGUGAGCACGUGGAAACGGUGCAAGGAUGGACUUCCAAGGAUUUCCUGGAAUCUUUUGCUUUGGGAAUCUUUUUGCUUUGGGGAUCUUUUUGCUUUGGGA